UCGGAAAGAUAAACAAAAAUAUUAUCAGCUGUUUUUCGCCCGCAUGCAAUUUGUACCGGAAUUCAUAAGAAAGAUCGCAAAUUUGUCCGCGAUCAAGCCUCCAGAGAGCUUAGCUCAGAGGUGUUUACACGGUAACUCCUUAAUUUAAAUAAACAUAUCUAAUCGGUGAUCUUAGCAUUAAGUGAUAAUCCGAUUUGAAAAUGGUUUUCGUAAAUUUUGAGAACGACAAAAACCUCCCAUUAAACGAGCUGCACUUGGAUGUGAACGAGGACGGGAUCAAGCGGAAGAUUCCUGCUUUGCAUCAACGAUGGUCCGAAGCCAGGUGCUUUACCAAGUAUGCUUCCUUUCCGAUGAAGGGCGGUCUCGUCGAGGAGGGAGCUACCCUCGAUCAGUGGAUCAGUGAGACGGAGUGGUUCGUCAAGGAUAUUGAGUGGUUGCUGGGACUGGAGCAUUUCCGCUUCUGGUCCACGGUGGUCCACAACAAGGGUGCGGUUGAGUCGGUGGUUUCCUUUUCUCAGGCCGCCAUCCCGUACUACCUGGCCGGGGUCAUCCGAAGCCACGGGCAGGUAUUCCCCCUCUAUUCGGCCGCCCACCGGGCCGUACUGCAGGUCAUCUGCCGACUGAUAACCCCAAUGGAAUCCGAAAGCUGUUGGCUGAGCAAGGAACAUCUCGGAGAUCUACUUUACAAACACUAUUUGCUGUCGGUUCCGUUGAUUUUCGAAUUGCUUCCUGUUUACGGUCGGGAUAAUGGAAAAGUGUUGAAGCAGAUGGUUCAGACAGUUUUCAAACUGCAACCCAAAUAUUUGCAGGACUUGAGGGUUGGAUUGCAGUUUCUGCAAAGUACAUUCAAAACCAUUCAGAAGCAGCUGGAAACGGAUCGGCUGGACGGGGGUCAAAGUUCCUCGUCGGUCAUCAACGACCUGGCCGUCUAUACCCUAGAUUGCUGCACAACCCUAGCGAUGUUGGUGGAGUUCUAUCCGGAGUGUCGAUCGCUCUGUUCGGAACUGGCCAUGGAACAGGCCGUCAGUAACUUCUACGAUAACACCUUGGUGUUGCUGUACAAAAAUGUUCACGCCAUGGACAAUGAGUCCCCGUAUUUGGUGUACCUCAAUGCAGCUAGGAUAGAGCUGUUGGCAGCCUUCCGAGAACUAGUGAGUCUACAGUUGGAACAAGUUUUGGAACAUCCAGGUGAUGGUGGACUAUUUCCAGCUGAUAAGUACCUCUGCGUGCUGACCGAAUGCCUAUCGGAUCCGGUUUUCGUAAAGGAUUAUCAACGACAUUACCCCGUUGAACGGGACUUGGAUAUUUUGAGGCAAGGUUGCCCGGGAGUCGAUACGUUCAAAUUGGACUUCGUACAGAAUGCCUACUGUUUUGGAGGUGGAGAGGAAAAUGGCUCGAUUACUAAUGGACAUUAUAAUGACGAGGAUGAUAACGAUAGUUUCGGAGAAGCUGCUGGAGGAGAGUUUACUCAAGAAACUGUUGCUGAAAGCAAUCUCCAAGAACCGUUGACCGAUGAACAGCAGAUUGAGAUCAACGUUAGAAAAGUUCUGGACGUCCUUCCGCAUCUGGGAGAUGGUUUCGUGCGGAAACUUCUCGGUCGAUACGACGAUGUAGAGCAAGCCAUGGCCGCUGUCCUCGAAGGAAACCUUCCUCCAGACCUCGCCGAAGCAGAUCCCACUGAACCGUACAUUCCUCCGGAAAAGACGGAUAAGUUCUUCAUCGAAACAGGAAUCGAACGCCUAAACAUUUACGACGGUGAUGAACUUGACAUUCUAGUCCACGACAACAUCAAGGGCAUCAUGAAAAAGGGCAAAGGAAUGCCGGGUCAGCCGAAAAACCUCAAAGAGAUGCUAGACGACAAGAGUCACGUACAACAGCUCAAAAACCGAUACCAAGAGUACAGCAACAUUUGCGACGAAUACGACGACGAGUAUGACGAUAGCUUCGACGCCAUGGCCGAUAGUGAAUCGAAGAAGAUCCGACUUAAUAAGGAAAUGCAGAGCGCUCUGGUCGAUGAACUGGACGACGACGAUGAGGACGAAUCGGAACCGGAAGAAGUCGCCGCCGCACCAACCAGAAAGCCGAUGGACUUUUGUGAAAAUCCGGAAGUCGUGCGACAGCGGUACGAACAAAGUCGUCGCAGUAAGUUCCAGGCCAGACAUGGUGGAGGAGGACCCCCACCUUCGGCGCAGGCAGCUUCUUCCUCUUCGGGUGGUAAAGAAAGGGAUGUGGUCGGUAAAGCCAAGGGACAGGGUCAGGAUAAGGAGGUGCUGAUCAAUCGGAAGCAUAAGAACGAGAACAAAUCGAGCCGGGCCAACCAUAAUCGGAAGCAGGGGGCCACCUUUAAAAGGAACAAAGGUAUGAUUCCGUCUUGAAUAUUUUCGUUUCGAAUGACAGGUUUCGAAAUUAAAUUAUCUACAGAAAUUAAA